UGUUGACAUCACGUGACGUAUCAUAUGGUAAUUUCUAAAAAACUGCAAACGACAGGAAAUAGAAAGCUUCUUAUUAAUUUCCCAUGACGUAUAUAUAAUGUUUCGUACUUAACUAAUGGAGAACGCCACCAGCAGGCUUGAGAGUCAAAAGUCUGUGUUAGACAUUUCUGUUAGAAAUCCAGUGACUCACAACACCUGGGAUAAAGGAAGAUAUACAAGUUAUGAGAUUGCUGUAAAUACAUCGAAUAAGUCAUUCUGUUUGAGUACAUCUACCACAAGAAGAAGAUACUCAGAGUUUGAAUGGCUGAGGAAAACUCUGAAGAAUCAUCACCCUUUAGUGAUGCCUCCACAAUUACCACCAAAGAAAUAUUUUGGAGACAGAUUUGAUCCUAGCUUUAUUGCAUUCAGGAUGACAGGUUUAGAAGAUUUUCUGAACUAUCUUUUAUCAGAGAAAGUAUUCUUGUCUGAUACAACUAUGCACUUGUUUCUGCAAACUAAUCUCACCAUCAAAGAAAUCAAAGAUUACAUAGAAGGGAAAAUCUCGGCUUUCUCUCUAGAUAGUUUAUGGAAGGCAAAUGGUAUAAAAGAAAACUGCAGAGAAUUUUGUGGUCUUUCCACUACAGAAGAGAAUAAUGAAUGGGCACAUGUGAAAAAAGACGAGCCAACAAAGUCAGAAAGUCUAAAUGUUGAAGAGUGUAGCGAUUCGAAUAAUUCUGAUAUCAGUUCAUCAUUUUCUGAUGAAGAGGAUAAAUUGACUGAGUAUCCUUCUGUCUCUUUAGUUGCCUAUGAUAAUUUUAGUGAACAGGACUCUGGAGUUUCUUCUAAUACAGAAAAAUCAUCUUCACCAGAGCUUUUAAAACAAAAUUCUAGUCAAAGAACUUCAAAAACAAUACAUGCUGAUAAAAUAUUAGAGGACGACUGUAAAGUUAAGGAGAUAGAAUUAAGAAGAGGUAUUUCAAAACAAGUAAAAGUAGAUUCAAAUUUAAUAUCUGAAGUUGAUUUUGAAGAUGAUUAUCAAAUUUCUGACAAUUUCAGUAUCAAUACUACCAAAAGAUAGACAUUAUCUUCAACCAUGAUGCUGAUAUUUUUGAUAUACAGUUCGUUAAUCUUCUUUGGGAAUCACAAAUCUUUGUAUUUAAAUAGUUAAGACAAAAUUUUUGUAUUUGUUUUCUUUAAGGAAGGUGUUGAAAUCAAGUGACACUUUGAGAUUAAAGUGUUUAAAAAACAUACCAAUAAAAUGUUCAUAUUUUUUAAAUUACAGUAAAUUCAAAAAAUUUUAAGUCCUGCUUGGUAUUAGAUGAAGUAUGAAUGUUUGCAAUUUUUGAUUGUCUUUUCUGAUACAUUGGUUUUUACUGUGUGACUGUAUUGGUCUUUUUUUACUCCUGUUUUUUCUCUCUGAAACUUAGAAUAUUUAGCUAUUUCUGAAUUACUGAUUUCUAUCUUAUUUUGAAUUUUCACACAUUAGAACUUUUUUGAUAUGAACAGCUAUUAUAAUAAUGUAUACAUGAUAGCUGUGUAAUCUCGGAUGUGUUGUGUUAAAUGUUUGUCUUGCAAGUGAUUUUUAUUAUCAUUUAUUUCAGUGUUUAAAUAAGUAUUUUAAUAGUGUGAAUGAUAAUGCUUGUGUACAUGUAGCAUGUUGAUAGCUGUUUCAGUGUAUAAGCUGUGUAUUAAUCUUUAUAUGUAAGUUACUGUAAACCAACUAAUUUUCGCAAGCGAUUUAUUUUUUCAUGACUUUCGCGAGUAGAAUAAUAACGUGAAUAUAAAUCGUCACGAAUAUGUAAAACUUUGAUCUUUCCUUAUUUAACUACAUCAAGCAAAUUUGAUAAUCGCGAAAUUAAAUCGGCACGUAAUGAGCUAGUAAGGGCUAAACGUGAAAAUAAGUUGGUUUACAGUAUGCAUCCCUUCAAUCUUUGUGAUGAAGACUCGUUCCAGCUAUAAAUAAAGAGGUUUUAAAAGCUCAUUUAUGAUAUUUUCAGAAUCAACUCAAACAAUGUUCUUUUAAUUUUCCAAUUUGACCAACAAGUUUAUGAUACAUGUAUCAUUUUUGUCUUGCAUGCCACAAAAGCUGCAGAAUGAGAGACAUAGGGAAGCGAAUCAGACAACAACGUUGUAAGCUUAUUGAAUAAAACUUUCAUUUUCUCUUUUGAAUUGUUUAACAUUUUGUCAUACUAGGGCCUUUUACUAAGCUUAUUGUGGAAUGCCAUACAUGUAAUUGUUCAUAUCUUUGUCCUCUGGUCUUUAUGGAUAGUUGUCUCAUUGGCAAUUAUUCUGCAUAUCCUUAUUUUCAUAUGCAUACAAAAGUCUGUGUGGUGGCCAAAUAAGUACCUGUUACCUUAAGUAAGGUGGAUGUGUUUUAUAUUCAUUAUAAUACAUUUUUUCUUUCCAAGAAGUGUUUGAUGUCAUUUGUUUUACUUGCAGUAUUACUAUUAUUUUGUAUACAAUUUAUUGAGAUGUAUGUUCAUAUUUUGAAUUUAUUAAACAAUUCAACAAGAA